AUGGGGAAGAUGGCGGCGGCCGUGGGUUCCGUGGGGAUGCUGGCGGCGGAGCCGGGGGAGGACGCCUUUCGGAAGCUUUUCCGCUUUUACCGGCAGAGCCGCCCCGGGACCGCAGACCUGGGAGAGGUCAUCGACUUCUCGCCGGCCCAUGCAGCCCGCGACACGGGGCCCGGGGCCCACAAGGUGGUCAGAUCUCAGCUAAGUGUGUCCUCAGUCAGUGACCACGAUGCACACAGAGCAGGACUUCAGCCGGUCAGCAAGUGGCGAGCCUAUGGACUUGAAGGCUAUCCCGGAUUUAUUUUUAUCCCAAACCCCUUCCUCCCAGGUUACCAGUGGCACUGGGUGAAGCAAUGCCUUAAGUUAUAUUCCCAGAAACCCAAUGUAUGUAACCUGGACAAACACAUGACUAAAGAAGAGACCCAGGAUCUGUGGGAACAGAGCAAAGAGUUUCUGAGGAAUAAAGAAGUGAAUAAACGGAAACCCCGAAGUUUACUAGAGAAACUGCGCUGGGUGACCCUAGGCUACCAUUAUAACUGGGACAGUAAGAAAUACUCAGCAGAUCAUUAUACACCUUUCCCUUCUGACCUGGCUUUCCUCUCAGAGCAAGUAGCCGCUGCCUGUGGAUUUCAGGGUUUCCGAGCCGAAGCAGGGAUCCUGAAUUACUACCGAUUAGACUCCACACUGGGAAUCCACGUAGACAGAUCUGAACUAGAUCACUCCAAACCCCUGCUGUCGUUCAGCUUUGGACAGUCUGCCAUCUUUCUCCUGGGGGGCCUCAAAAGAGAUGAAGCUCCCACAGCCAUGUUUAUGCACAGCGGUGACAUCAUGGUAAUGUCAGGUUUCAGCCGCCUGUUGAACCAUGCAGUCCCAAAGGUCCUUCCAAGUCCCAAGGGGGAAAGCCUGCCUUGCUGCCUAGAGACACCUCUCCCAGCCGUCCUCCCCAGAGAUUCAGUGGUAGAGCCCUGUUCUGUGGAAGACUGGCAGGUGUGCACCAGCUACUUGAAAACUGCUCGUGUUAACAUGACUGUCCGACAGGUACUGGCCACAGACCAGGACUUCCCUUUGGAACCUGUGGAGGAGAAUAAAAGAGACAUCACCACAGAAGGUGUCUGCCAUCUGGAUGACGAGAAUAGCCAAGUAAAACGAGCUAGGUUAAACCCUGACAGCUGAGACUCAGAGAACCCAUUCUUUGACUCAGGCAGGUCUUAUAAGUAAAUGACCAUGCUGUUUUGUAUUGCCAUAGACUUUAGCACCAAGACAAGCCGAAAACAGAGACAGGGAAGGACUCAUCAUUGAUCACACUGUUGCCUUGGAACCCAUCCUGAAGAGUAAACUGAUUAACCACUUUGCUCAGAGGAGUGUUUGACGUGGUCACUCCUGAUUCAGCACUGGCACUAAGUAUGUGAGAAGUCCAGGGAGGUCUGACCUUCCACGGCAGCGUUCUCAGCCGUUUUCUCCAAGGGAGGGAGAAGUGAGUUUCCGUGUCUAUGGAGUCUUUAAAUACCUCAGAUUUUAUUAAAACAUAAUACCCUUCCCUCCACGCCAUCUGGUGAUUUGUGGUAAAAUUGUGGGUCCAUGAACCAACCGUUAGUCUCGCCUUCUUAAUUCUUCCAAUCAACAUCAAAUUCUUCGAUCUUCUCUUGCAUCUUUUCUGGCCUUCACAGAAGAAUCCUAUACACAUUAAGACAAUGGAACUGGACAUCUCAUCCCCUAGAAAAGAAAUUAAUCACAGAUCUCUCUCUGCCUAAAAGGUGGAUAUAUGUAAACCCAAGCAACGGGGAACACUAGUUUCUCCAGAUGUCUUUUAGGUCUCUCAACUCUUCCCGUUGGCUUUUUAAUGCAGUUUUAAUUGUUGGACAAACAAAGUCCCAAGGGUGUUUUGUAACUGUUUUCUCCAUGAAUAAACUGACUUGAUUUUAAAUUAAA